AUGAAUCCCACAUCCUCUGCAGAAGAGUCUCAAUCCCAAACUACAUCAUCCAUUCCCGCCCCAUGGCUAGACUUUCUCAACUCCAUGCCCCUUCCUCACUCACAAAUCCCAUCCACCUCCCAAACAUACGCAUACACGCCACAACCUACGUUCCCAAACGUAUCCGAACCCUCAUACACCAGCCCAACCAGCACCGCCAGCGAACCAUCCGUCCCAUCACAACCCCAACCGCAAGACCAAAAACCGCCUCGAAAAAGGGAGAAUCGAUACCGCAAUGCUCCACCCAGUGUUCUCUCCCGACGACGAGCGCAGAACCGCGCAUCGCAGCGAGCGUACCGUGAGCGCAAGGAGCAGCGCAUAAAGGACCUGGAGCAGCUUCUGCAGGAGGCGAACCAGCGGGAAGAGAAUCUCACGCAGGCAUAUCUGUCGUUGCAGGCUGAGUAUCAGAGACUGCGGGCGGAACCGCACGACUCCAGCAUGGGGAGUGCAUCCGCCGUGGGCAGUGAGGUGCCGGCUGAGUAUGAUUCAUCGCUGAUGCAGCAGGGUAAUAUGAUGGGUGGCUUUGAUUUUUCGCCAAAUAUGUACCAGUAUGAUGACAGUGAUCCUCACAACCAGCAGCGUUAG